CAUUUACAGUUCCUCAGCUGGAUGCAAAACAAAAUUGGUGGAAAACAAGAUAACAGAAAACCAAACACAUAUACAACUACUCAUGAUGCAAAGCAAGAGCCUCGUGAAGAAUUCAGCGAUUGGCCUGAUGGUUUACUAGCCAUUGGUACAUUUGGAAAUAGCAAUGAAGUAAAAGAAAAGACAGAGAAGCACAUUCUCAGAGAGGAUCCAUCCUCGUCAGAGGAAAUAGCAGACUUCACUCCUGAAGAAAUCGGGAAACUACAAAAAGAGUUAACUAAACUGUUGAGACAAAAACCCAAUGUGGAAAAGGAAAUUGCUGAGCUUCCUCUGGACAGAUUUCUCAAUUGUCCAUCAAGCUUGGAGGUUGAUAGGAGAAUCAGUAAUGUACUUUGCAGUGAUUCAGAAGACAAAGAUAAAGAUGAAGAAGAAAGAGAAAAAGAAGAAGAAGAAGAUAUUGAAAAGACACUUAGUGUCAUACUUGGUAAAUUCAAAGAGAUUUGUGCAAAUAACAGCAAGAAAGCAAUUGGGAAGAAAUCAAUUUCAUUUUUGCUGAAGAAGAUGUUUGUUUGUAGAAGUGGAUUUGCUCCAGCACCGAGCCUUAAAGACACCCUUCAGCUCCAAGAAUCAAGAAUGGAGAAGCUUUUAAGGAUAAUUCUUCACAAGAAAAUAAACUCCCAACAUUCUUCUCGGGCAUUGUCCCUCAAGAAGCGCCUCGAGGACAGGAAGAUGCCAAAGGAGGAUGAAGCUGAAAAUGAUGAUGGCUGUAAAUGGGUCAAGACUGAUUCUGAAUAUAUUGUUUUAGAGAUUUAAAUCCACCUCAAUUUUCAACUGCUCUUUCUUUGCCUGUCAGAUCCAAUCAAGAAGCCAAGGAUAUACAAACGAUUAAGAGGAAGCGUGAAAUGGAGCUAAUUUUUUUUUAAUAGAGUUUAUCUGUGAUCUUGCACCGAGAAAUGAGUGGCUCAGAUCAGCAGUAUCUCUCUGUUUUGUUACCGGCGCUUCUCUUGUUUUUUUUUUCAUGGUUGUUUCUGCGGAUGCAGAGCAACUCAUGUUAUACUUAAUGUCUUAAUCAUAAAAAACAUAACUGAUAUGCACGGCAAAGUUUGACAUUGUGAACACUUCUCAUCCUACUUUUGAAAUCCACUCUUUUAUCUGCUAAUUUGUUAUCUACUCUCCUUGUAAUAUGGAUGUGAAUGAAUAAUAUUCGGAAGAUUAGU